AUGGAUUUCUCAGAGCUACAACAGCCUCUACCCCCACGCCAUCCAUCUUCAGAGCCGGCAUCGACUCGUCCUAAGCCAUUUGACGACGCUGACGACAUUGAUACGGCUUCUGCACGGAAGCGCCGCCGGACCUCGCGCUCCGUCGAGAACUCGAGUGACCCCGCCGUCCACCACAAAGACGACGACGACGACGUCGUCGUUAUCGAGUCCGACUCCAUCCUCUGCGGCCAGGUCCACAUCCCCGACCGCCUCCGGUCAGACCACAAGACCCCCCAGACCUCCCCGACCCUUCAGCGCUCCAUGAGCUCCGACCAAAAAGACCAACAAGACCAACAAGACCAGACGGGCCCCCCCUCCUCGAGCAAGGUCACAUUGAAUCUUCGCACCCCAGCCCGAGCUGAGAGCAUGGACGACUCCGAGUCGUCGCUGGGGUCCCUGACAUCACGCGGGGCCCCUGCCCUUCGCCAUGAUGCUACCGUCCUGGACUCCGACGUACCUGACGUACCCGACCGCGACCUUGCCGACCAGGACGCCGUCGACCUGGUCCAGAGCGAUACCCAGUCUUCCUCUUCCUUGGACUCGGGAAGCCCCCCCGUCGAGCUCGUCCAGGACCCCGACGAUGAGAUUUCUCUCGACACCGCCGGGGCUGCUGUUUCCCUGGCCGACCAGCUCCAUUUUGCCCUUGACCCGACCGAGACCUUCCCCUAUCAGGACACCCAGGAGCCCCUCUAUGAGACGGCCAACCGUCUGCUUCACUACCUGAAUUCCCACGCUUCUCCCGAUCUCACUAUUCUCGAGGACAUUUCCCAAUGGUUCGCCCGAUAUGUCGACUUCGUCCGAGGGGCGGAGAACAGCCGUGUCGCUCUGUCCCUGCGGUCGAAUCAGACUUUCUGGUCCAUAUUUCCCAGCGUUGUACUUCCCAUGCUGAGGCCACCACUGCAUAGGGUCCCCAAUUAUCGUAAUCUCGUCUUGAGGUUUUACAGCAACUUCAUCGAGCUGGCAGUGUACACUCUCAAAGUCGACCUUCAGAGCCUUCGGGCUGCGCAGGCAUCCGGGGCCAACGGCGGGCACCCCCCCAUACAGCUGCACUCGGUGCCCUUCAUGGCCCAGCUCUACGUGCUCACCCGACGCGACGCAGUAGCCGACGUCGACCCGGAAGUCACCUUGCUGGAAGAAUACGGUACUCUGUCAGACGACGUCUCCAUGUUCAUGGACAAGCUCGAAUCGUGCUCCAACGAUAUCUUCGCUCUCCUCGCCAACUUUGCAACCACCUUGGUCGCCGUCCUUCCGGCCAACCCCAAGUUGGUAGAGGCCAUGAGCGCUCUGACCCAUGUCAUCACGAACGUUGUGGACGAGUCGAUAGCGCGCGGGGAAGCGUCUCCCGCUGACGACGGCCAGCUCCGCGUCGCCAACGUGCGCCUCGAAGAGGGCCAUGAGCUCUGGUCCUUGAUGUCGGCCUGCUUGUCGGGACUGAUAGACAAGCACGUCACUCAAGUGCCAAAGGAGGCCGUCUCCUUCUCCAUCACGGCCCUGUCAGAGCUUCUCAUGGUCUGCCUUUCGGGCUCUCACAAGGCUGCCGUCGACAUGACGCUGCAGCACACCAGGAGCCAUCCCAGCAUGGCGCCAGCGUCCACGGCCGAGGCCAUUGCGCAGGAGUGGCGCUUCGGCAUGCUGGAGAGGCUCAUUCGCUGCAGCCAGAUGCAGCUUCGAGUGACAGGCGCGGCUACCCUGUGCAGCGAGCUCGUCGGCCUGUGGAAGAGAGUCGGGGAGGACUCGGCCAACCCCCUUUUGAACCACGUCGCACAGCACCUACUCCGGAGUGGCUUGAUCGAGUACAUCAUCGGACCAAACAGCCACCCGGAGAUUAUUAUCGAGAGCGCCAACGUCGUUGGGUUCCUGGUCGUCUCCAAGAUGUAUCAGCGGGAACACACUGAUCGCCUGUGGCAGGCCAUAACGUGCUGCCAGGACCCUAGAGUCGGCGAAGCGCUGACCCGCAUGGUGAUCACAAUCAUGAAUCUCUUUGACUAUCCGACAUUGUCCUACCUCUGCGGGAAGUUUGAGGAGCUACCCAUUGCCAGCUUCACCGCCUCUACCCGCUCCUUCUGGGACAACUUGAUGCAGCACAUGGUGGCUAAAUAUCGUCAAGACCAUGACCACCUCACCUACCAGCCAUACAACCUUUGUCUGCGACUGCUCCGCGAAUCGUCCAUCGUCAACAGCGGCAAGGCCUCGCAUCCAGACCUGCAGACCAUGGCAACCCAGAAACUCUCGGAGCUCCUGCAAUACGGCCCAGACGUCACCGGCCGGGAACGCCUGUACCAGAGCUGCCUCGAAGAUCUUUCACAGAAGACGCCGACGACGCUAGGGAGCCUGUGGUGCCUCUCCAUGACUAUCAGGUCCAACGUCGCCCAUGAGAUGCAGACACUCGCCCGGGAGCAUGACCUGGCACGCCUCCUUGUCGGCGAGCUUGAGAAUGCCGUCAAGGCAGGGGCUGUCAAUAGCUCUGCCGGGGCCACUGUUCCCGUCGUGUCCGGAAACGCCAAUCGGCCUCGGUUAGAAUUCCUUGCCAACCUCAUACGCUACCAGCCUGACGCUGUCGGUGAUGAGUUGGGCCGGAAGCUGUGGGAUCUCUUGGUCGGUCCGCACUCCCUCAGUCGCGAAGACAGGGAGGCUGGGUGGAAGAUCAUCAACGACAGCCGCAGCGAUGCGCAGUCUAAGAACUCAUUCAUCCGCACCUGCGUUUCGGUCUACCUCCCUACCCUCUCCGCGUCCUGCUUCUGCGAGGGGGCCCUGGAGUUUGUCAGAUGGGAGGCUAUCUCCCUCGUCAGGUUUACCGACGACUUCAACCUCGACGACGAGUCGGCCAUCAGAUCCAGCUGCCUGGAGCAGCUCUGGAGACUCAUACUAGAAUCCCCAGACACGCACAUUGCGACCCGCGCCAUCUCCAUCAUGGCUGUAGAGGUGUACCUCAACAGCGAUCUCCUCCUAGCGUACCCGCCGUCCCGCAUGCGUCGGGUGCAUUCCUCUCUCGUGACGAGAUGCUUUUUGCAGCUCAGGGAUGCGGCCAACGAGAUUAGAGCUUCCACCGAGAGCAACGGGAGAUCGGACGACGGCGGCGGAGAAGAGACGCCCAUGGCUACCGACGGCUCGACCGAACUGGCCCCUUCCCGGAACCAGGAGCGCAUCUUUACGCGCUCACUGCAGUUCCUCAAGCACUUUCUUGACUCCUACCAGUCGAGACCAGAGCUCUCACCACCGGAUCUCCGAGCUGUCAUGUGCCGGCCGCCCUCAGAAGUAGCAGGCGACUUGGCCCAGCUCAAGUACCAAUCCUUUGAUGGAGUGCAGCAGACCGAUGUCAAGCCACUCAACAUCGGGAGACGGAACACGGCGGCAUCUCUCCUGGCCAGCAUCAAGAAGGAAACUGGCUUCGACAACUACAGCGCAUACUACCGUGGCCAGCGUUUCCGUCCGACCGAGCGGGACGUCAGCAAGUCUCUCGAGGACCUCCAGAUAAGCGAAGGACUGAUCCUGGUCAGGCGAGAGCAAGAGGAUGGAGAUGGGGAAGAAGGGUCAGACGGUGAUAAGAGCCAAGGAGGUGAAGGCGACUCGCCAAGGCAUCCGGAGAGGAGCUCUCUCAAGACUGAGAUAAUGUCUCAUUUCCGUGAGAUGUGGGGCUAUCUCAACUUGCAAGAACACCUCGCUCGCGAGAUAUACAAUUUCCUGGUAUGGCUUCCCGCUGACGUGGGCUUCAUCAAGUCGUUCGAGGACGAGAAAACGUCCUACAAGGACAUCUUCCCGCGUGGACAACCGUUCAGGUCAUUGUACGCCAUCCACGCCCUCUUCGAGUACAAGGAAUUGGCUGUGCAGUCAAGGCGCCUGGGGGAUUUGCCUAGUACGGUGGCGGGGACUCCCGAUUCCAACAAGUUCCCGGGCCUUCCGCGGAUAACUUAUUCCAAGGCGAGAGGGCGGAGCGUGUCACUCGUGCUGCAGGCAAUCCUGGACCCGGAUGUGGUGGCUCACAUGAGCGCACGGCUGGAACUGGAGUUGACGAGCUCUCUCAUGCAUAUCCUCAUGCAGUGGCUCCAGGACUCGGAGCAGACGCCCGUCGAACUCGCCAGUGCUGGUGUCACCUCGCCCGCUAGGUUUCUCGACGUCCUAUCCAACGCGGUCGACUCCGACGAGGACUCUGCAGGCAGCCUGGCGGUCAACACAUUUGCCGUCCUGCUGCACCUGGGACUCCAGGAUGCGCAGUUCUGGGGCGCUCUGAUCCUAGACAGCAAGUUUGAGAGGAUAGCACGCGACAUGAUGCUCCUCGAUCGACGGAGCCAGAUCAGGAUGGUCAUCUACAAGAUCAUCCAAGAGUCUUACGAAAGCGAGAGUCGCCUUCUCCAGAAAUCACCUGGCGGCCAAGCGCCGGAUGGCGACGGGGAAUCGAAGCCGUACCGCAUCGCCCUCUACUUCUGGAACCUUGGACAGGAGCUUCUCCCCCGGGUCUCCGAGAGACCAGAUCAGUGCCGCGAUCUGUUUGGGCUUCUCUACAACCUGAUGAUCAAGGUAUUUGUCUACAAUCCCGAGCUCGUCAGCCUCUCCUGGCUGGCCACUACCUGCAGCCGGUCGCUCCUGGACCACCAGCCGACCGAGACUGUGGACCAGCCAGAGCCGUUUGACCCGGUACCUAGGGGGUUCGUAUCACUGCUGCACAUGUGUCUACAGAUUGACGAGAAGAUCGCCACAUCGGAUGUCUUGCCACGUGAACUGGCGUACGACCUCUUUUGGCACCUCCUAUUCCCCAGGUCUCGCGACUCGUUCAACGAGCCUGUGCCUCGCGUGGUGCUGAACCUGGAGACGCGAGCCAAGGUCUGCGAAGUCAUCUUCCGUCUGGUGAAGAACGAUCGCAGCAGUCUUGUGGCCGUGCUGGAGAGUAUGAACGAGGUCCUCCCCUUCUCCAUGACGGACGACGACGACACUCCGUACCUGUACGAGAUACCGUACUCAUUUGACCGCCAAAAAGCGCUGCGGUCAUCGUGCGGAUAUGUCGGGCUGCGCAACCUGUCUAACACGUGCUACCUCAACUCGCUGAUGACGCAGCUCUUCAUGAACACGAGCUUCCGCGACUUCAUCAUGUCGGCCGAAGUUCAGGACCCCGACGACACCCGCCAGGAGAUGCUCAGCAACACCAAGAAGAUGUUUGGCUUCAUGCAGGAGAGCUACCGCCGCUACGUGGACCCCAUCGACUUUGUCGAGACGGUCAUGACGUACGACAACACCCACAUAGACAUCCACAACCAGAUGGACGUUGACGAGUUCUACAACCUCCUGUUUGACCGCUGGGAGAGUCAGCUCAUCUCCCAGGCGGAGAAGAACAGGCUUCGCUCGUUCUACGGAGGCCAGCUCGUCCAGCAGAUCAAGUCGAUGGAGUGCGGGCACAUCUCCGAGCGGCUCGAGCCCUUUUCGGCCAUUCAGUGCGACGUGCAGGGCAAGACGUGUCUGCAGGAUAGCCUGCAGGCUUAUGUCGAUGGCGAGGUCUUGGAGGGCGAUAACAAGUACAAGUGCUCUUCGUGCGACCGCCACGUCGACGCCGUGAAGAGGGCCUGCCUCAAGGACCUCCCCGACAACAUCAUAUUCCACCUCAAGAGGUUCGAGUUCAACCUCAGGACGCUUCAGCGGAACAAGAUCAACGACUACUUCACGUUCCCCGACAAGAUCAACCUGAAGCCAUACACCGCCGAGAGCCUAAACAACCCCGAUGCCGAGGGGGAAGACAUGUUUGAACUUACGGGCGUCCUCGUCCAUGCCGGCACGGCCGAAUCGGGUCACUACUACUCGUAUAUUCGCGAGCGACCGACGAGCCCUGAUCGACCCAGCUGGGUAGAGUUUAAUGACGACAUCGUCACCCCCUGGGACCAUUCGCGGAUGGAGGCGGCCACAUUCGGCGGGCCGGAGGCUCGGUCAUCAUACGACAACAACGGGGUCCCAUACGACAAGGCCUACAGCGCCUACAUGCUCUUCUACCAACGCGCAUCUUCGUUGAAGCGUCAGCAGCAGGAGGUUGAGGAGAAGAAGCUCCCCGUCCCCGUACACGUCAAGAUGGACAAGGAGCAGGAGGAACAUAUCCUUGAUGAGAACACCAACCUCCUCCGUCGCCACUGCCUUUUCGACCCGACGCACGCGACUCUCGUCCAGAAGCUGUUCCAGCGGGCAGCAGUCCUGGACCGUGCCCUGGGAAGCACUGUCACCACGGGCACCACGGACACCCCGGUGAUGAUGGACGGCAACGGCGACAGCGACAAUGAGGACGCGUCGGUCGACAGCUCGCCGACCCAGAGCCUGCGGGACCUCGCCAUGGAGGUGUCCCUCAGCUACUUUGACCAGGUCGUGUCGCGCAAGAGAGAGGCAGCUCAAGACUACAGCCUGAUUGGGAUGAUAUCCACCGCCGUCGAGAGUUCUGCACUGGAUUCGUUUUGGUUCUACAAGUACUUUUACCAGCGCCCGGCGGCCCUGCGGUCGCUGGUACAGCGCAACCCCGAGGCGGCCAACCGCCAGUCGACGUCGCACAUCAUGCUGCGGGCGCUGAAGAAGAUCUCGGACGACAUGCCGCGCUUCUACCAUGUGUAUGACGGCGGGGAAGGAGAGGGUCCUACGUCGCCAGGCACGGCCGAUCCCGCGGUUUACCGAGCUGCCUCAGAAGAUGUGGGUAUUCCGGUGCUUGCCGGUGUCAUGGAUCUGUUCCGGUACAUGUGGAGGUAUUUUUACAUACACAUCCGCGCGUGGGACGAUCAUUUCGGUAUGCUGGUACGGUUCGCGAGGAUGGGAGACCGCGAGACAUCGUACGUCCUCGCGGAUGACUGCCUCCUCAAGCUGUGCCGCAUCAUUGCCGCGGACCCCAUCGCCCCCAUGGCAGCCAACUACGCCCGGAUGCUGCAGAACAUCCAGAGGAGGAUGAACAACAGGCCGCCAUCGUACCAGGAGAUCGUGCUCGGGAUCGAACACCUGCUGAUGCAGAUGGCGCCCACUCUGGGGCCCAACACGAUUACCGAGUCCGCGUCGGACCGGCUCCUGGAGGAGCAGCCGCCAUUCAGCUGGACGUCUGCGGAGGCCGCUUUUUUGCACGACCACCCAGAGGGACUGCCCUACAGCUUCUUUGUCGAGAAGCUGGUGGGCAUCGACCAGAUGCCGGACGCGACGGACAGGAUCGUGGCACGGCUGGUCCGGACGAGCAACCGCAUGGAUCUCGCCGUCGCACAGACUCUCGAGGCCAACAUCCGCGGUGACUCGCCGUCGCAACCUGUUGACUGCUUCCUCCGCGUGGCAGCCGGAUAUCUGAGCUGGACUCCUGUCCUAUCCCACGCCCAGAACCUGCUGGCCCACGUGGCUGCCGAAGCCAGAAGGAUACACACGGCCGACAUGCAUGCCGUGGUGUCGCUGUUCAGCAACGCCAUGGUUCUGGGAUCGGCCAACCGAGACUCCCCGCGGCAGAUGCUGCACGAUCACGCCGUCAAGCUGAUUCCGCACUGGGCACCGACCGGACUGACGCACCCGUCAUCUGACGUCAGGGCCGGCGUCCUGAGCAUUCUCGAAGAGGAGAUAUUCAGUAUCCCUCUCGAGUAUGACUUUGGUGACGAGGCGGCAGCGGCAGCGGCAGCGGAAUCGGAGACGAGCAGUGAGGAUGAUGAUGAUGGAGGUGUUCAGUCACAGGAGCAGCAGCAGCAGCAGCAGCAGACGAGACGCAAUCUCGUCACCACGACGGCUCAGCAGCUGGGCGUUUCCUGCCUCAAGCACCUGCACGAGACGCACGUCAAGACCGGGGCACCUAUCGCUAGGGAGCAGGCCGACUGGAUCGUCAGGGUUGUCAGGAAGUGCAGGAGAUACUAUGAUCUCGAGAGCGAGUCUCGCGAGAAUUUGUACGCUGUGUUUGAGAAUCUACAGCAAGGCGUCAAUGAAACCCUGCGUCAACUUAUUGUCGAGCAAAUCAACGAUGAUGGAACUGGUGAGUAUUUCUUUCCUAUCCGAGAAGAUGAUUUGAGGAUUAGAGGAAGACUGAUCAAGGGAUAUUGUCUGAAAACAGACUGGGAAGCAUCCUGCACUUCGUCACAGCAGAUGGAUGGGGUGACGACGGAGUUGAGCCCUCGUGGUAUG